GCUAUGGAUCUGGAUGUAGUGACCUUAUUUGCCACUGCUGUGGGGACACUUGCUGUUCCACUUCUGCUUUUCAUGGCAACCUUUAUGCUGUGGCCUUCAUUACUCAUCAAAGUUUAUUUCUGGUACUGGAGGAGCACCCUGGGUCUGCAGGUGUACCAUGCUGAUUGCGGAGGAUAUCGGUUCUGUUACUCUUCCAGAGGGAGGCCUAGUGUCAGGCCAUCCAUCCUCAUGCUGCACGAUUUUUCUGCACACAAAGACACUUGGCUGUCUUUGAUUAAGUACCUUCCAAAGCAUCUACACUUUCUGUGCGUGGACAUGCCAGGGCAUGAGGGAACAACACGUACCAGUGCAGAUGACUACUCUAUCCAGGGACAGGUUAGGAGAAUACGUCAGUUUGUAGAAACUAUUCAUCUGAACCGGAAACCAUUUCACUUGGUGGGCACCUCAAUGGGAGGAAAUGUAGCGGGAGUGUAUGCAGCCUACUAUCCAUCUGACCUCUGUAGUCUGACUCUCAUCUGUCCAACGGGUGUAAAGUACCCUUCCAAAACCAAAUUCGAUAACCACAUGCAUGAGCUGGAGCUCAGUGAGUACACGCUUGGCAUCCCUCUCAUCCCUUCUACGCCCCAAGAGAUGGAGGACAUGCUGAAGCUCUGCUCCCAUGUACGCUUCAAAGUCCCCCAACAGAUUCUUCAAGGACUGGUGGAUGUACGACUUCCACACAAUGACUUUUAUCAUAAAGUGUUUGUGGAGAUUAUGAAGGAGAAGUCUAAAUAUGCCCUGCAUGAACACAUGCACCUGAUAACCACCCCUCUUCAAGUCAUCUGGGGAAAGCAAGACCAGGUAGUAGAUGUGUCUGGGGCAUAUUUGUUGGCUGAGGCUCUGCCAAGCUGUCGUGUGGACCUGUUGGAGAAUUGCGGCCAUUCUGUAGUGAUGGAGCGACCCCGACACACUGCCAAACUGAUCUUAGACUUUAUCGUCUCUCAGCAGAGCUUCCCAAGUACAACUACCAAGAAGAAAUUCUAA